AUGUUCAAUUUUAAUUUAAUCUGGUUGUUUGUACUCAACCAAAAUGUUGAUACAAUUACGUGCGAGUGUCCGGACCCGAGCGUAAUACUACCCUAUGGUUGUACGGGUUGUCAAUACAAUUAUAUAGAAUGCUACGGAAACAAUGAUUUUGACCUGGCUGAAAUGUUUAAUAAAUUAAGCUUAACCCUAGAACCGGAGCAAAAACAUUUCCACCGUUUUAAAUUCAACAACACUAAAGUGACUGAAAUAAAGGCCAACACUUUUAUGGAUAUUGUAUUUGUGGAGAUUUAUAUCAGCGAUUCAAACCUAAUUCACAUCCACCCUGAUGCAUUUAUGUAUACCUACAACACUACGAACAAAUUCUCAAUUACAAAUAACUCUCAAUUGGAACCUGAUACAAUGUACGCUGUGAUGAGCAAAUUUGCCAACGCUACACGCAUUGUGGAGAUAAAUAAUGCCAAGUUCACCAUGAUGCCCGCAAACGCUUUCUCCAACAUUGAACUGUCAAUAUUACAAGAUUUAUGGAUCGAUUCGUUUGAGACAACUAUAGGCAGUCAUGCAAUCAGUAUCAACCAUAUUAUGUCCAAUGCAUUCGCUAUCGACAGACCCAGUAAUGACUCCUUAGUUAUUAAUCUUAAUGCUUGUUGGUUAAACGAAACCAGCUUUGAACCUGGUUCUCUUAUCGGCAUAAAUCGACCCACAACUAUUUGGAUGCAAAGACAACAUGGAAAUAUAGUUUAUUUGCCUCAAAAAGUGUUUCACCCGUUUUAUAUGGAGAACGAGUUAAAUACUAUUGAUUUAAGCAUGAAUAACGGUUUUGAUUGUCAGGACUGUCGGUCCAGUUGGCUAAAAAAUGGCGAUUUGUUUAAACGGAACAGAACGAUUCUAUAA